GGAACGACGGGGAUGCUCGGGCGGUGAGCUCUGCCGGAGGCAUGGAGGACGACUUGGCUUCCGAGGAGGACACGCUGCUCCUUUCGGAGAAGAUGUUCCACGAUGCGGCCAAACAAAACGACACAGCGUCCAUGAUCAAGCUGAUCAAGAGAGGGGUGGAUGUCAAAGCAAAGAAUAACAUAGACAGGACCGCUCUCCACUGGGCUGCAGGAGCUGGCCAUGAACAGGCAGUCCGCCUUCUCCUGGAACACGAAGCCUCCGUGAACGGUGAAGACAGUUUUGGGAUGAGUGCACUUCUUCUGUCGUCUUGGUUUGGUCAUUUACGUGUCCUUCAGGUCCUGGUCAAUGCUGGUGCUAAAGUCAACUGUGUAAAUAAGAAUGGCCACAACCUCCUACACUGUGCUGCCCAAAGGGGUCAUCUCAAGGUGAUGAAGUUCAUCGUGGAAGAUCUGGAAGAUGUGCAGCUGGAAAAGAAAGAUAAGGUGGGCAGGACAGCCCUUCACCUGGCUGCCGAGAAAGGGCAUCUGGAGGUGGUGGAGUUUCUCCUGGGCCUGGGCUCUUCUCACAGCAUCAAAGACAAGGAGAAGAACACAGCCCUUCAUUUGGCAGCCAUGAAUGGACAUGCAGACGUAUUGCAGAAACUUCUAGAAGUUGGCAUGGACCCGGACGACAAGAAUGCAGAAGGGAUGACUUCCCUACAUUUAGCUGCUGAGGGAGGACACAGCGAUUGCAUCCAUCUACUUCUGGAAGCUGGCUGUGAAGUCAAUGCCCAAACGCAGAAAAAAAUGACCUGCCUUCAUUAUGCUGCACUGAAUGGCUAUGUAGACAUGGCCAAAACCCUUCUUGCUGCAGGAAUCCAGACGGAUGCUCUGAAUUAUCAAAAUGCAUCAGCUAUGCACAUUGCGGUGCUACGGAACCACCCAGCCAUUGUCAAGCUUCUCAUUGAUGCUGAAUGUGACCUUGAUGUUCCUGAUAAUAGGAAACAGAGCCCUCUUCAUAUUGCAGCAGAGCACGGAAGGCAAGAUAUCGCUGAGUUGAUCCUCAUGGCUGGGGUGAAUUUAAAAUUAACUGACAAGCAAGGAAAAACAUCUCUGGACGUAGCUGCCCGUGGGAACCACGUCAGUUUGGUUGAUAUGAUCAUCAAAGCGGAUAGGUUUUACAAGUGGGAAAAAGAUAACCUCAACAGCGAUUCGGAUUCCUGGAUAACCGAGCGUUUAACUUUCAAGCAAGACCAUCGGCUGGAAACGCGACAUAUCCGUUCGGUGAUAUGGCGGCUCGCAACCAAAUACCUCAAGGCCAAUGAGUGGAAGAAACUUGCACACUACUGGAAAUUCACGGAGGCGCACAUCCGUGCAAUUGAACACCAGUGGACAGGCACCAAAAGCUACCGAGAACACGGCCAUCGGAUGCUUCUGAUAUGGCUUCAUGGGACCAUCAUGGCAGGAGAAAACACAAUCAAAGAAUUGUAUGAAGGGCUGGUUAGCAUUGGGAGGAGUGACUUAGCAGAAAGUAUCCGGAGACAAGCGAAUGCAGAUUCCCCCGCAUCUCCACGGAGGUGUUCAGCAAUGUGAGAUCCGAGGUGUUUCAGAACAUGGCUCCACCAUGCAACUCUGCCAGAGAUUUCUUUCAGAACUUGCACCAAAAGGGCCACCAUUUCCAAGGGCUUCUUGCCAUCUUGAAUGGCAACCUUUCUGAUCCAGGUCAACCGUCUUAUCAGCAGUUUCCUAAAUCUCAGCAAUGCAUCUCUAGAGCCUCAGCUGGAG